AUGACCUUGGACGACGAGGCCAUCAAACGCAAGUGGAACACCAAGGCAAGAGAAACGUCCGAAGCAGGCACUGAGAUGCACGCACACUUCGAACAGCUUCUCAACGGCGGAAUCGUCGCGCAGCUGACGCCGGAAAUCCAACUGCUGGUGCGCUUCUUGGACCACAUAAACAAUACGAAAACAUAUCGAACCGAAUGGAAGAUCUACAGCGAAAAACAUGCACUCGCGGGCACCAUAGACUUCGUUGCGGAACAUCCCAACGGCGACAAGAUCAUCAUCGACUGGAAACGAACCAGCCAACUCAAACACAAACACCGGAACUACGGCAAACAGAUGCUGCCGCCCAUUCAACACAUGCCGGACUGCCCCGUCUCACACUACCGACUCCAGCUCAACCUGUACCGGCACAUUCUCGCAACAGAAUACGGACAGACUGUCCGCGAAAUGUACAUCGUCGGCACUCACCCGGACAACGGCGAGAAACCAUGGAUCGACGUCGUGCCCACGCUUGAAGAGGAAACCCUUCAAAUCCUACAACAAAGAAAAGACUGCACAGUCCUCAACCAUGCGCACACAACAAUGGCCGAGACCUCCAACGUAGCACACGAAGAACCGCCACAAGACAUCUGA